GAUUAAUUACCUAUUAACUUGAAGUCUUCGAUGGUUUCAAAACAAUGAAAAGAACAUUCAAUUCCUAGAAUUGUUGGUCGCGGCGUGGCUUUUACCAAGAAAAAAAAGCAAUUCAAAAAUAAACUUCAGCUGCAUUUUGAUGAAGCUCCCCACUGCAUCUUAUCCAAUCGCCGUGUCUCUUUUCCUCCGCCUAAGACAAUGCUCUUGGACUGGCGCUUAGCCCGAGCUGUGGCUCAGGUACAUAAUGUAAAUCCGGAAUCCGCUUAGAUGGCUUUCCUUUUCUUACUUCACCGGAGUUUCCUUAACUAAAAUCCUUACCCAUGGCGGACCUCGUUAUCCGUAACCUCACAGCCACUCCACUGGAGCUCAAGCUCGUGGAGCGGUUCGAAGGACAGUCUGUAUCUGGCCGCUCAACUCCUCUCGGUAGGAUUACCGGCAUUUUCAACUCAACUUCUCUUUCACCCAAUGUUCGCAUCCAAGGCGAUGCUCGAGAUCGUCGUGAUGUUUCGUUCCCCAUCGGACCCUUCGAGACCCACACGACGGACAUUCGCACGGCUGAUCCGGGCAGGGAAGUCAUCCGCCUGACCUUCGAGUCAGAUGGACACCGGUACCAGGUAGAUGUGCCGAGUGCUUCGCAGCGCAGCACGGUCAUGACAAAGCUGGACGGUGCUCCUAAUGAGUACACGACUAUCUACGUUCAAUCUGGUAGUUGUCUAGCCAUAUUUAGCUCAGCUAAUCUCUCGAGUUGGAUGCGUGAGUUACACGAUGAAUAUCCCCUCUCGGCAUUAUCCAUACCAGGCACCCACAAUAGCCCGACCUGCCAUGUCGCGCUACCUUCGGUACGAUGCCAAGCAGUCAACGUGCGCGACCAAUUAGACAACGGCGUACGAUUUUUCGACAUCCGUGUAAACGUGGGCUCCGACUCUUCGGAGUUUGCGCUCGUACAUAGCGCGUUCCCCAUAUCACUCACGGGAACCAAGUACUUUAAAGACAUGCUUGAUGUUAUCUACUCAUUCUUAGAGGCCAAUCCGUCUGAGACACUCGUCAUGAGCGUAAAACGUGAAGGUACCGGCAGGGGUACUGAUCAUCAGUUAUCCAAGAUUUUAAAAGACCGUUACUACGAGGACGGAAGACGAUGGUAUACGGAGCCACGAAUUCCCAAACUUGGUGAGGCGCGAGGAAAAAUUGUGCUCCUUCGCCGACACGCCAACGACCCGAGUCUAGAUGGCGAAUGGGAUGGCCGAGGAUGGGGACUCGACGCUAGCGUCUGGCCGGACAAUUGUGAAGAUGGGCUAAUUGGAAGCGGCCUUGGUCGUGUACAAGAUUUCUACGAUAUUGACCAGAGCCACAAUAUACAGAAGAAGCUUGAUCUGGCGCGCGGCCACCUCGAACGAGCAGCGGAGCCUGCGUGUCCCAUUCCCGGAGUCGAAGGUUACAAUGAGGGUACUGCACCACAGCCAUUCUUCGUGAAUUUCUUGAGUGCUAGCAAUUUCUUCAACGCCAACUGCUGGCCCGAGAAGAUUGCAGCCAAGGCGAACCCGGCCAUCAUCGAAUAUCUCUGCUUACGGCACGGCGAAGAUGGUAAGGGGCCAGCGGGUCUAAAGGUAGGAGACGGGAGUACUGGUAUAGUAGUUACGGAUUGGGUUGGCCAAGAUGGUGAUUGGGAUCUUAUUAGAUGUAUAGUCGGUUGGAACGCAAGACUGCAGCUGAAGCAGUAGUCUUUGGUUUAGCCUGCGAACCUAAGUUACGGGUAUCUAUAGGCUAUUAUACUAUAUUUUGAAUAGAUAUUAGACUUGGCAUCAAUCACCUAUAUGACAUAGGUAUAGAUCAAUUAUCUACAGGAGGAAAUUAAGUAACAAAUUAUCUUAAGCCUGGUACACCGGUGCUGCUAACGGCCCUCCCUUUCGCAACAAUGAGUAGGUACCUAUAUAGUCCGUCUCAAGAAAUCAAUAUUAAAAAAUUGGAAAAAAA